UUUCCCAAAGAAACUAAAAAUUAAUCAGAUCCACAGGCUUAGCGGCUGUAUAAAUGGCCAUGGAGUGAAAGACCAAGGAGUUAACUUUGGCCACCACUCCCCCAAAGCAAGAAAAGAUGGGAAGAUCUCCCUGCUGCGAUGAGAUUGGCCUCAAGAAGGGCCCCUGGACUCCUGAAGAAGACCAGAAGCUCAUCCAAUACAUCCAAAAGCAUGGCCAUGGCAGCUGGAGAGCCCUGCCAAAACUUGCUGGACUCAACAGAUGUGGCAAGAGCUGCAGGCUUAGAUGGACAAACUACCUGAGGCCAGACAUCAAGAGAGGGAAGUUCUCCUCUGAGGAAGAGCAAACCAUUCUCCAUCUUCACUCCAUCCUUGGCAACAAGUGGUCGGCAAUCGCAACACACCUCCCAGGCCGCACCGACAAUGAGAUAAAGAACUUUUGGAACACCCAUCUAAAGAAGAAGUUGAUCCGUGCCGGCAUCGACCCGGUGACCCAUCACCCAAGGACCGACCUCUUUGCCACCCUGCCCCAACUUAUGGCCCUCGCCAGCCUCGGAGGUCUCAUGGGCUACCGCUCGUUGGAUGACCAGUUACGCGCAGAAGCGGUUCAGUUGGCGAACCUCCAGUGUCUUCAGAACCUCCUCCAGUCCCCGGCUGCCAUUAAUGGUAGUGCUAUUGGCAGCAUUACAAAUGAAAUGGAUCCCACAAACUUUAUGAACCAACCUCUUACUACCGCGUCUUCAAAUCUUUCUCAUAGCCCCUCAACAGUUGUUAAUGCUCAAACUCAACUUCACCACUUGUCGGAGAUUUUAUGCAGUUUGGAGCAGCCUCGGGGCAGUGAUGCCAAAGAGAGUUCCACAUCUAUUGAUUUUAGACUGGAAGAGACCAAAAGCCUGGCUACACCGAUGGUGUCUCCUCCUCCUUCGGCUCUUCCUCCUCUAGCCGAUGCCUCGAUGGGCAGCGGAGAUGCUUGUAGCUGCUUUAGCUAUGGCGGGAGUGUCACUGCUUCAUUCUGGCCUGAGGUCUUAUUUGACGAGCCUCUUUUGACUGAGUUUGCGUGAAUUUCUCUCUUUUUACUUUGGGUAGCUCAAUUAAGAGCUGGGUGCACGUCCCUUUCUGUUGUAUAGUGUUAUUAGCUCUUCUCACCAUGCAUUGCUUACUAAUAGAGUGAUAGUAACGCAAUGCAUCUCUUUACACAUUUAUGUACCCAAAAAAAGCCACUGUAUGAAUGCUUGUUUCUCCGA